AUGUCGCAGUCUCAGCAUGCCUUCGACGGGCAGGCUGGUGCGGGUGGUCCGGGACCAGCGACUCUGAGGCACGCAAGGCGGACGAUCCUCGUCCAGUACGAAGCGCGUCUACCGCCCAGAUCAAGCGCCUUCGUUUGGCCGUCGAAUGCGAUACUCUUGCGGAUCCAGGACAAGCUCGAUCACGACCUAUUCCAGAACCCCAAACACGAGGCGACUGCGAGGUACAAGACCGCGUUCCUCCGCGAAUUGUGCGCCAGGCUCGAGGCUGCAGUACAGCAAGAAUGCGAGGCGUUGCACAGCCAGGGCGUCGAUGAGAUCGAGCAUCCAGAGGUCGAUGCUGCAGUGCUCGAACGAUACGUCGAGAUCAUGGCCAGCGGCUCCUCGAGUACCGGGUCGGUGACGGCGCACUCUGCGCCGGACACGGAGUUUACCACACACUACUGGUCGAAGUCCACCAGCGCUGGUACGAUCGACGACGACUCGGUCGCCGGCGAGGCCGACCUGCUGGAAGACUAUCACAAAGUCACGAUACGAGAGGAAGGGAGCGCCAUUUCGAAGGGCACGACGGGGCUGCGGACGUGGGAAGCCGGACUGCGGCUUGCCGGGCAUCUGAUAGGAGACCCCUCAAUCAUCACCAAACCCGGCACACGCAUAGUGGAGCUCGGAUCGGGAGCUGGAUUUGUCGGAACGGUCUGCGCGACUGAGCAGGCCGCCUCUUCGCAUGGCGAAUCGCAGACCUUCAUGACGGACAUGCCGGGUCAGGUCGUCACACGUUUGCGGGAUACCUUGCAGGUGAACGGGAUGACCACUUCUGCGGUGGUUAAGAUCCAGGAGCUCGACUGGCUUGAGUUGAGCGCCGAACGUCAGCAAAAUCAGCAACGAGACGAUCUGCCUACCAUCAGCUUUGUCGCCGAAGCAAAGCCGACGCUCGUCCUCGCAGCCGAUGUCGUGUACGACCCUGAUCUGGUCGAUCCUUUGGUAGAGACGAUACGAGCUUGCCUGGAAGCAGGCACGAUCGAUUGCCGUGCCCUUGUGGCCAGCACGAUCCGCAACGCGGAGACUUACGGUCGGUUCAAGGCGGCUUUGACGUCCUUCGGAAUGAAGGCCAGCGUGGUGGAAUUGCAAAGGCCGAUCUUGACCGCAUCCGAUCCGAUGGGAGGGCCCGAUCUCUGUGCGCUAUCGGUCUUUCCGUCCGCUCACGAUCCGAGUCUCAAUGGCAAGGUCGAGCUCCUCUGUAUCACCUUGGGUUGA